AUGGGCACCCAAUACACGUUUCAUUACCCUAAACUUUUCACUGCUCCAUCGAGGGCAGACCCGCCGUCGUUUCUUCAAUCUCCUCGCAGCGCCGGCGCUCCAUCUUCGCUCCCUUUUUUACCCGCGAUCGGCACGCAGGCGGCGGCUGCGGCGCUCAGGCUCGGGCUCUACGACUGCGUCAGCGGCUUCCCCUCCGGCCUCCGGCCUCCCGCCAGUCACCACGCGCCCUCGCCCCCGGUCCUCUGCACACCGGCCGGUGACCCUGCGUGCUUGCCUUUCUCUCUCCUCCCGCCUCCGGUGGAUCGUCAAAGGCUCGUUAUCUGUCAUAAGUUUUCUCAUUAUAUUUUUCUACAGAAAAGAAACACAGAAGGUGGAAAGCAAAAUGCUUCUCUUAAGAAGGCCAAAAAGGACAAGCUUGUAGGUGCAACUGGAAAAAACGUCAGAACUGAAACAAGCAUGGUUUUUGUGACACUUCGAGUGAAACCAGAGCUAACUCUUCCAGCAACACCUAUUGAAGUUGAACAAUCGAUUCUCGAGGACCUGCGAAACCGUGCACAACUAAAUAACGUGGCAUUGCCAUCUGUUAGCUUCUACACAUUCCUUAAUACACAUAAUGGAUUAAACUGUUCGUCAAUAUCACAUGACGGAUCGCUGGUUGUUGGUGGGUUUUCUGAUUCAUCUGUGAAGGUCUGGGAUAUGUCAAAGAUUGGCCAACCAGCAAAAAUAUCAAGUUCACAAAACGAGAAUGGGUGUUCCCAUGGUGAGCACAUAUCAACAUUAGAUGAGGGGAAAAGAACCUAUACACUAUUUCAAGGCCAUUCUGGGCCAGUUUAUUCUGCGGCUUUUAGCCCUUUUGGGGAUUUCCUCUUGUCAUCAUCUUCAGAUUUGACAAUAAGACUAUGGAGCACCAAGCUGAAUGCCAAUCUUGUCUGUUACAAAGGACAUAAUUACCCAGUUUGGGAUGUCCAAUUCAGCCCAGUUGGCCAUUACUUUGCUAGUGCUUCACAUGACAGGACUGCUAGAAUUUGGUCAAUUGAUAAAAUCCAGCCUUUGCGAAUAAUGGCUGGGCAUCUUUCUGAUGUUGAUUGUGUCCAGUGGCACGUAAACUGUAACUACAUUGCUACCGGCUCUAGCGACAAAACUGUAAGACUAUGGGAUGUUCAGACGGGUGAAUGUAUACGGAUGUUUAUUGGUCAUAGGAGUAUGGUUUUGUCACUGGCAAUGUCACCUGAUGGACGAUACAUGGCCUCUGGAGAUGAAGAUGGAACAAUCAUGAUAUGGGAUCUCUCGACUGGCCGUUGUGUUUCACCACUGCUAGGACACAGCUCUUGUGUGCGGACACUUGCUUUCAGGUUUGCAAUCUAA